AGUAUUGUAUGUUAAUGAAUUUCAAAAUCUUAGAUAUGAUCUACAGUUUCUGACUGGAGAAAAUGUUGAUGGAAUAUGCCACAUUACCUAGCAAAGGCAGGCGCCUAUAGAACAUGGGUAUUUUUGAAUGCAUGAUGGGAAGUGGCCACAAAUUGAGACUUCAGGGCUAAGAAUUUGCUGCUGUAGAUUUAGAACAUAAUGUAAGUGGUGCCCAUAUCCUUUCCAAUAAAGUUUUACAGGGCAUUAGCUUUCCUUUAUUAGGAUAUUAAUUAACUUAUGUGGAACGCAUUAACCUGCUCAUCCUGCAUGUGCUACCUACUGUAACAAUACACACAAGGAGAUUCUUACACUACCAUUUAGUUUAGUAAAAUUUUCAAAUCUCGAUAGAAUUCUUUUCAUUAUCUUUUUUGUUCUAUAUAUUGCACUAGGCACCAAGCUCUGUUUGGAUGCACCAUUUCUGACCUCUUCUUCCUCUCUCUCUUUCUAAGAUGUCAACCUUUUGGCUAAGGAUAAUGCUUGCUCUUCUUAUCAUGUCCAUAACUCCUCCAAGAUCAGAUGGGCAGUUGGAGCAAUGGUGCAUAGCAGAUGAGCAGACCCCAGAUGGAGAGUUGCAAAUGGCAUUGGAUUGGGCAUGUGGGAGAGGUGGUGCAGAUUGCAGUAUGAUUCAAGUGAAUAAGCCCUGCUACUUUCCAAAUACUGUAAGGGACCAUGCUUCUUAUGCUUUCAAUAGCUACUUUCAGAAAUUCAAGCACAAAAGUGGAUCUUGCUACUUCAAAGGAGCUGCCAUGAUUACUGAGCUUGAUCCUAGUCAUAACUCUUGCCACUAUGAAUUUUUUCCCUGAUUCUCAAAGGCGAGCAGAAGAAUUAACAUCAAGUUUAGCAUUUCCCACAUGUUUUUGCAUGAAAUUUUGUUAGAUUUCUAGAACUGUAGCAGAUCUGGGUUUUCUCACGAGAAGAAGCCAAGAGAUUUCACAAACGAUUAUGAAAGUGUAGCUAAUUGCAGAAAUUCUUACGUUGGCAAGUGCCUUGUUGAUUUCUACUUUCAAUUACUUACCUA